AUGACUUGGAAUAAGGUUUUAAGGACGGUAUCAGGCACUGGGCUAGGUAGUGGGGGCAAAAAGACAAACUUAAGGCGCAGCGCAGAGACCAUCAACGCAGCUGGCCGGACAGCAGGAGCAGGAGCUGGGGGAUGGGGGGAUGAAGCCUGGAAGCGGGGCUUGAUGAUGCUCCUCACCCCUCCGUCCCUCUCCGGCCGGCUUUCCGGGGCCCAGCGCGGCUCCCGUUGCCAUGGCAGCCCAGCUGGUCUGGGCAGACACGGCGAGAAUAGGCAGCAAGCUGCCCUGGGGGACGGAGGGGGGGCCCUGCAGAGGCCGGGGGGCGGGGCUGGGCGGUGUCUCCCUGAGAGAGCGGUCUCUCUUACGCCCCCAUUUGAUUGGCGCUGCGCGGGACCUCCCCGCCUUGCGCCAGCCACAGAGAGCCAGAGCCAGCUUAGCAGCUGGGACCAGAGGCAGAGAGGCGCGGCUGGGGAGGCUGGGGACUGCGGCUGGGGCUGGCCGGAGAGGCGCCGGGCCUCCGCUUUCCCGGGACUUCGCGUCUCCUGCCCUCGCUACCCCGGGCGAACCUCCCUGUCCCUCGCAGCAGCCGCUAACUCUCGCCUGGCACACAGCGGCGUGGACGCGCGCUCCAGGAGCCGGUGUCUGCGUGCUUUGGGCGCUGGCUGCGCCCGGCUCACAGACCUCGGCACCUCGGAAACGUCUCUGCCUGGUCGCCGGCAGGGAGCCAGAGCCCAACUCCUAGGAAGAGUCCUCUCUACCCCUUGUCUACCUAUCUUCCCUACUUCUGGUGGACUUCUAACCCACAUCACUCAACUGGGAAUGGCUAUCUCCAAGGUUAGUAACAAUCCCCCAAAUGUGAAAUCUCACAGUGGCUUUUUCACAGUGUUCUCCCCACUGGGCUUCCUUGCCAAAUUGCUAAAUGAGGGAGCAGUGUGGGACACCAGAAAAGCCUUCAUGUUCUCCAGCAUGAACCAGUGUUGUGGAAUCCAGUUCCAGAGUAUUUCCAAGACUUGA